CCACAACUACACGAAUCGUAUGAAACAAGUCCAUCUUACAUAAUGGUGAAUGUGUAGAACCACAUUUGUCGUUCUCGUAUUUGAUUAAAGUGCUGUUUGAAGUAUAGAAUCAUGUCUUUUAGCAGAGUAAUUGUAAGAUCGUUCAGUAGCAGUCUUGCUACUCAACAAAUGGUUAAGCCUCCAAUUCAAGUAUUUGGAGUAGAUGGAAGAUAUGCUACUGCGCUUUAUUCAGCAGCUUCGAAACAAAAAUCAUUGAAUGCUGUUGAAAAGGACCUGCUAAAAUUUGAAGGUCUUCUAAAAACUGAUCAGAAAUUGAAUGAAUUUGUGAAAGACCCAGCAAUAAAAAGGAAAGAUAAAGCAGAAUCGCUUAAGGCAAUUGGUUCCAAAAUUAGUUUAAGUAAGGAAACUACAAAUCUCUUGGCUUUACUUGCAGAAAAUGGAAGACUUGGAUAUCUGAAUAGUAUAAUUAAUACGUUUAAAUUAUUAAUGGCUGCUAACAGAGGUGAGGUUCCCUGUGAAGUAACUACUGCAAAACCACUUGAUGCUGAUAUGAAAGCUAAGCUUGAGAAAGCUUUGAAAGGAUUUUUAAGCAAAAAUCAAAAUAUUUUGCUAACCACAAAGGUUGAUCCUACCAUUCUUGGGGGUAUGAUUAUAUCAGUGGGUGAUAAAUAUGUAGAUAUGAGUGUUGCUACUAAAAUUAAGAAAUACAGUGACAUUAUUGCCACCACAGCGUGAACAUCUUUUAUAAAAUUCAGUGAGAAAAAAAAUAACCUAUACAUAGAGAGGUUAAUAUAGGUGAUCAUUAAAUAACAUGUACAUCAUUGAACAAUAAAUUAUUUCAAACCCA